GCCGCCGCGGGUGGGCGGAGCUGGUCGGCAUGAGUGGCGGAGGGUCGGAGACCACUGUGGGUGGCGAGGCCGCUGCGGGCGGCGGCGAGAAGAAGAGGGACUCGCUAGGGACUGCGGGCUCGCCAGCACACCUCAUUAUCAAGGAUCUUGGAGAAAUUCAUUCAAGGCUUUUAGAUCACAGACCAGUUAUUCAAGGCGAAACCCGUUAUUUUGUGAAAGAAUUUGAAGAAAAACGUGGUCUUCGAGAAAUGCGAGUUCUUGAAAAUUUGAGGAAUAUGAUCCGUGAAACAAAUGAACAUACUCUUCCCAAAUGUAGAGAAACAAUGCAAGACAGCUUAAACGACGUUCUCCAGAGAUAUUUAUAAUGACCGUUUAAUAGCUAAUGAAAAACAGCAUAUAAUCCAGUGGGAGGAGUUCAUGAAAGAACAACACAACAAACAGGCUGAAAUGGAUGAAGAGCACAGAAAAGCUAUGGAGAGGCUUAAAGAACAAUAUGUGGAGAUGGAGAAGGACCUAGCAAAAUUUUCAACCUUUUAAGAAUUUGACACAACAGUUACAAACCGAUGAGAAAACUGAUGACUUCCACCAAAAAACGAUUCUCACCAAAACAUUUAGCCUCUGCUUCAAGCUUAGCAAUAUAUUGAGUGGCGCUCAUAUCAGAAGAAAGGAACUUCUGCUGGGGUCUUAAUUAAAUGUUUAAAGCAGAAGAGUGCUAUACUUUUUCAGUUUUAAGUGCCUAUAUAUGGUUAUUUGAAUGGGCAGGAGUAGGAGGAAAAUGGGAUAAAUUUACUUUGUUAAUCAGAAUUGGUCUUCUUUUCCAUUGAUUAUCUCAGAGAACUAUAAGCCUAAAGUUCUUAGAAAAAUAAUUCAUUCUUAUGCAGGACUAAUGCUAGUUUAUUAUUGUGGCUUAGAAGGCAGAGGAAAUAGCUGCCUGUUAUACCCUCCCUGGCUAUUGGAAGAAUAUAUAAAGUGUUAUUCCAUGAGUAAUGUAGACAAAAACAACUGGCCUUGGAGCAGAGAUCACACCUACGAGAGGUGAGAAUCAAAACCUCAUCUCUGCUAUGGCAAAGACAGCCAUGAUGGUCUUCGAACUGCCUGUUGGGAAAGGUUACAGAUUUUGCAGGGCCGCAUAAUGCCUUGUGUUUCACUGGAUGACAAGACAGACUUGUGAAGCUUUGUGGCCUUCAGCACUUAUUAUUUUCAGCUUUUGAAACAUGGCUUAGAAGGAAAAGCUUACCAAAAAUAUAGUUCACUUAGCCUUUCCAAGAACACUUAGACCAUAGUAUUUACCUCAUUUUUGUGUCUGUUUUGCUGUGGGUAAGCUUUGUAAGUUAAAUAACGUCUAUACAUGUUUCAGCCAUUUAGUGAGUAAUCAGCAAAAUCUGCCAAGGGGUCCCUCUGGAACCGUGUAAAGAUUCUGGUUCUGAAUAUACCCGAAGUAUUUGCCCAGAUGGCAUAUGAUCCAUGUUAAAUGUAAAUCCUUUUUAGUGUUAACGUCUGUCCUCAUAAGCAGGUGUAUUACAAUGAAACAUGUACCAAUUCUGUCAUCACUGUGAACUUUAAAAAUCUGCACUGAACCAUCUAAUUGAAGAAGUAAGUUGAUUUUUUAUUUGCCACAAUGAGGCAAAAUUAAAUGCAAUAAUUUCACGAGACUUACGGCAAAUGAAUUUGAUGUAUGGAUAAAUCUUUCAAAUAUUUUUUAUUGCUCUUCAGUAAAGAAAGGCACAAGAAAGAAAAUACCCAACUCCCUCAUAUUAUCUCAGUGUUGCUAGUGCAGAAAACGGACAAUGCUUGCUUGUGUGAAUUUAUGGCUUACUGUCAAAGCUUCAUUCUUGGCUGCAUGUUGAAAAUGUGAUUAAAGUUAAUAGAGGAGAUGAAAUAAGUAUUUGAGAUUUCUUUCAAUAACACUGAACUUCUGCCAACUUUCUCUGUCCGCUACUGUAGGCUUGACAGGUUCAUCAAUCAUCCUCUGGUACCUGGACCAAAAAGAGCACUUGCUGACACUAAGGCAUGUUGGAAUUUUCUUAAUUCUCUUUCAGUGAAUGGGGAAAAAAAACAUACUUCCAAAAAUAUCCCACACAUGAAAAGGGAGGGGAACCUUAAAUGAAAAUUCCCUUUGUACCGCAGGCAAUAUUUGGAAUGCUAUUAAUUGCCAGUGCACCACUGAACAGACGCUGGAACCAAGAAAUCAGGACUGUGUGUGAGCAAGAAUGUGCUCCUGUUACUCGACUUGUACAACGAGGAUUUCUGAUAGUGUUUGUUCAUCUCCUAUGAGUAAUAAAUACUUUACCAUAUGA